AUGACAGGAGCAACUCAAUUGAAGCCAUCCAGACAGAUAGUUGCGCUACUCAAGGUCUUGCGGCGUAGAACAACGACCACCUCGACCUCCGGGUUAUACAGAUGUACGAAAGCUACCCCGCCAAAGCCUAGGUAUAUUUACCUUAUCGAUAAGCAGACCAGCCAAGACGCGAAGCCAUCUCGGGUACUCGUCUCGUGCACUGCGAGAAAGCAGAGCAGACCAACCGCUGAGAUCCAACCAUCAUCUGGCCCUCAUCCUUACGACAGAGUCUAUUCAUUCUCCCGCGACCGGGAAACUCAAGGCAUAUGUAUCAAUAUAUCGAAGGACGCCCGAAAUGGAAAUCAAUGGAACAGCGAGACAGCGAAGCGGCGUGACGAAGCAAGGAGCCCUUCAUCCGGAUUGA